GGAAUACGAAACAGUGUUUUGCUCAUAAAAUUAAAAGUGAAAGGCGGACGGCCGAAAAAAGAUGUCGAACAUUAUUUAUUGAUGCUACAGCACUGAUAUAGGCCUAUUUAAAAGAAAGGGAGAAAAUUAUUAUAAUUUAAUUUUUUUACCCCUGAUUUUAUAAAAGGAAAUCACCGUUUUUUCUGCUGAAAAUUAUUACACAUAACUGAAUUGCGAAAUUACUGCUCUCGUUACAGACGAAGCUGAAAAAUUUGAAUUAAAAAAAAUUGGUCUUAACAGACAACUAAAAUUGUUAUUUUCGGGAUUCGUCUAUGAUGUUUCUGAAUUGGCUAUUUUCAACUGUGGCAAUUGUUUUGUUAGAUUAAGGAUUGGGAAAUCGUAAACUGUAGACUGGAAUCCCAAUUCUAUUAUACAGGCAUUAUAAUGACUGACAAAACAUUCUUGUUUAACAAGUGCUGUAAUCCUCCAAAAUGGAAGUCUUAUGGUAUUGCAAUAGAAGAAACUGUUACUUACUCUAAACUUCUAGGACAAAAAAGAGAGUUCCACCAGUUUAUUGAAUUUAAUGAUAAGAUUUCUAACUCUGGAAACAUGGAUUCAUACUGUAUUGUUGAUAAGAGGUAUUCACCAUCUAAAGGAAGCAAUAUUGACAUCUUUGUUUUUAAUGAUGAUGAACAUUAUGAUGCUUUAUAUUUAGGAUAUUCAGUGCACAAAGAUUAUGCUAUUGAAAACUGUAAUGAUCUAAUAACUUUUCUUAACUUUAAUAAAAAUUGCACAUUUCAUCUGCACAAUUCUUUUAUUUAUGUUAAAAGUGCUGAUAGAUUUAAAUGGGUGUUGUUUUUUGGGAUGCUGGAAUUCCUUGUUAAAAAUUUGAAUAUGAGCGUUAUUGGUUCGCAAUUUUAUUUCCCUUUGUUCAGUAAAUUUUUAAUUAUGAAUGAAUUACAAUUAAUGAUUUCUCUGCAAAGUUGGUUUAAGAGUUUGAAUACAAAUUUCCAAAAGACUUUAUCUCAGACAAAUGAGGUAUCAGCAAUAAGAUUCAAGAAAAGCCUGCCUACUAGAGCAUCAUAUUCAUUAUCUGCACUUCAGAAUCUAAAGAAUAAAAUAUCCUUCUGUUCUGAACAAACAGUUGAAAAAAUGAAUUUGAGUAUGUAUACAUGCAAAUCCAGUCAAAAAGUACAGCUGAAAAGAAAAUCUGUUGAUUCAUGUGCAGGAGAGGAUUCUUUAUCAAACACAAAAAAAUUUAAAUCGCAGAAUGCAUGUCACUGCAAAAAUAACACUUGGAAAAUUUUCACAUCCUUUGAAAAAACGUCUAUUUUAAAUUACACUAGUAUUUUAGAAGCUAGAAAAUUGAUGGAUAGCUCAGAAGCCAUGCAUAUUUUUCCAACUGAUUGUAUGCAUAAUUCAAAUUCUUCUAGAUUACAUCAGAAUCGGAACAGGUUAAACCAAGAAAUUUUUCCUGAAUUAGAUAAAUCAGAUAUAUUUUCACAAACACAAUUGUUGUAUAAUGUAAUUGAAUUAAAAAAUACUACUAAUUUAAAUUUACAAGAAACAAAUGAAAAUCCACCAAAAUAUGAACACAUUUCUGAUGUACAUGCGUUUAAAGAAAUGAAAUCAGAUAACAAAGAACAUUUCGCACUUGGUGAUAUAGGAAAUUUGCAACUAUCAGUUUUAGAAUGUGAAGAAAAAGAAUGUAAGAAUGAAGGCACUUGUUCAGAAGCAAUAAAUACAGGUAAAAGUAAAAAUAUUACUUCUCCUUCAGUGGAAAAUCUACAUAAAGCUGGUUCUAUUGGAAUCAAGGGACAUUCUGUCUCUUUUCAAACUGUUUCUGGGAAAUCUUUGAAAAUUUCGGAAGCAGCACUUCAAGCAGCUGAAAAAAUGUUUGAGGAUAUCUCUUCUGAAAAUUUAGAUAUUGUUCCUCAAAAGAAAACUCAAAAUGUUUUGCAGCUGAAAUCUACUGUGAAUGAUAAAUGCUGUGUAGGUUUUCAGACUGCAUCAGGUAAAUCUCUGCAUGCUUCAAAAUUAGCUUUGGAAGCAGCUGAGAAAUUGUUUAAAGAAAUCACUGUGGAAGAAGAAAUAGAUGUUUUCCCAGAAAAACAAACUCAAACUAAACAGAACAAUAAAGAAUAUUAUCCCAGUUUGAAGGAAUGUGUAGAUGAAGACAUAAGUAAAGUUUUGGCUGAAAAUUUCUUUGAAGACAUUGCAUUUGAUGAUAAAGAAAUGGAUUCUAAACUAACUGAUGAUUCUGUGACAUUAAAUUUACAGAAAUCUGAAAAUGUUCAAACACAUAAAAGAAAAAAAAGUCUUGGUGGACGCAGAACUUUGAAACCUUAUGUACUAAAAAAGUAAUUGUGUCUAAGUCCCCAUUUGUUUAUUUUUAAUUGUUAAUUUCUUUAAAAUGUAUUGAAAUAUUUAUGGAA